GUGCCGGGCUGGGUUGGGCACGGCGGAGCGCUCCCGCGGCGGGCACGGCAGCAGCGCAGCCCCUUCCCAGCCCAGCGCCCCGUCGCCGAAGGGACCGCGGCCACCGCGGCCACCCGCCGCCGCCCCGGCCAUGAGGUCGGGCCGGAGAGACGCCACCUGUGCGGGGAGGUGAGCGGAGCUCCGGCGCCUUCCUCCUACCCCCGGGCAGCCACAGCGGCGGGGAAAAGCAGGGGGUGGAGGAAGGAAAAGGGAUAUUUUUUUGUUUUAUAAUAUAUCGAUCUAUUUUUGCCGCGAUCCAUCCCGAUCCCGCAACUGAAGCCCCCGGAGGGAGAAGUGCUGCGCGCUGUGAUGCGUCUUCCUCUCGCCUCGGCUGCCAGUUUGGAUUGUAGCGCCCGGCUCCGUGCACUGCGAGGAUGGCUCGGUUUGGGGAUGAUCUGCCAACCCGCUAUGGAGGUGGAGGGCCGGCCGGGGCUGGAAGAGGGAGCAGCCGGCAAGGUGGCCCCCAAGCCGGCCAGAGGAUGUAUAAACAGUCGAUGGCUCAGAGAGCCAGGACUAUGGCUCUCUACAACCCCAUCCCUGUCAAACAGAACUGCUUCACAGUCAACAGAUCCCUCUUCAUCUUCAGUGAAGAUAAUGUUAUACGGAAAUACGCCAAGCGAAUAACAGAGUGGCCUCCAUUUGAAUACAUGAUUUUAGCUACAAUCAUAGCCAAUUGUAUCGUGCUGGCUCUGGAACAACAUUUGCCGGAUGGAGACAAGACACCGAUGUCAGAGAGAUUGGACGACACUGAGCCGUACUUUAUUGGAAUAUUUUGUUUUGAAGCUGGUAUCAAAAUCAUCGCUCUGGGCUUUGUUUUCCACAAAGGCUCUUACCUGCGGAAUGGCUGGAACGUGAUGGAUUUUGUCGUGGUCCUCACAGGGAUUCUGGCGACUGCUGGGACUGAUUUUGACCUGCGGACCCUGCGAGCCGUGCGGGUGCUGCGGCCCCUGAAACUCGUGUCGGGAAUCCCAAGCCUGCAGGUUGUCCUCAAGUCCAUCAUGAAGGCCAUGGUGCCCUUGCUGCAGAUUGGGCUGCUCCUCUUCUUCGCCAUCGUGAUGUUUGCCAUCAUCGGGCUGGAGUUCUACAUGGGCAAAUUCCAUAAAACCUGCUUUUCCAACGAGACAGGUGAGGAGGUGGGAGAUUUUCCCUGUGGAGAGGAGCCUCCUGCCAGGCAGUGUGAGAGCGGGACCACGUGCAGGGAGUACUGGCAGGGCCCCAACUAUGGCAUCACCAACUUUGACAACAUCCUCUUCGCCGUGCUCACGGUCUUCCAGUGCAUCACCAUGGAGGGCUGGACCGACAUCCUCUACAACACAAACGACGCUGCAGGAAAUACCUGGAAUUGGCUUUACUUCAUCCCUCUCAUCAUCAUUGGCUCUUUCUUCAUGCUCAACUUGGUGCUGGGCGUCUUAUCAGGUGAAUUUGCCAAAGAACGAGAGAGGGUGGAGAACCGCCGGGCGUUCCUGAAGCUCCGCAGGCAGCAGCAGAUCGAGCGGGAGCUCAACGGGUACCUGGAGUGGAUCUUCAAAGCAGAGGAAGUCAUGCUGGCCGAGGAGGACAAGAACGCGGAGGAGAAGUCCCCUCUGGACGGGAGGGCCGCCUCGGAAGGGCCGAUUCCUCAAGGCACGGCGCCGGCAGAGACUGGCAGCGGCAGCAGCUACAACAUGUUGAAAAGAGCCGCAAUAAAGAAGAGCAAAAACGACCUGAUUCAUGCAGAAGAAGGUGAGGACCAUUUCACAGACAUUUGCUCCGUUGGGUCUCCCUUCGCCCGUGCCAGUUUGAAGAGUGGCAAGAACGAGAGCUCGUCCUACUUCAGGAGGAAGGAGAAGAUGUUCCGCUUCUUCAUCCGGCGCAUGGUGAAGGCUCAGAGCUUCUACUGGGUCGUGCUCUGCGUGGUGGCCCUCAACACCCUCUGUGUGGCCAUGGUGCACUACGACCAGCCCGAGAAGCUCACCACGGCUCUCUAUUUCGCAGAGUUUGUUUUUCUGGGGCUGUUCCUCACCGAGAUGUCUCUGAAGAUGUACGGCCUGGGGCCAAGGAACUACUUCCACUCUUCAUUCAACUGCUUCGACUUCGGGGUCAUCGUGGGCAGCAUUUUUGAGGUCAUUUGGGCUGCAGUGAAGCCGGGAACCUCCUUUGGCAUCAGCGUCCUGAGAGCCCUGCGCCUGCUGAGGAUUUUCAAAGUGACAAAGUACUGGAAUUCCCUGAGGAAUCUGGUGGUCUCCUUGCUGAACUCCAUGAAAUCCAUCAUCAGUUUGCUUUUCCUGCUCUUCCUGUUCAUCGUGGUCUUCGCUCUGCUGGGGAUGCAGCUCUUUGGAGGACAGUUCAAUUUCCAAGAUGAAACUCCAACCACCAAUUUCGAUACCUUCCCUGCUGCCAUCCUCACAGUCUUCCAGAUCCUGACGGGGGAAGACUGGAACGCUGUGAUGUACCACGGGAUCGAGUCACAGGGCGGCGUCCACUCGGGAAUGUUCUCCUCCAUCUACUUCAUCGUCCUCACCCUGUUUGGUAACUAUACUCUGCUGAACGUCUUCUUGGCCAUCGCUGUCGACAACCUGGCCAACGCCCAGGAGCUGACCAAGGACGAGGAGGAGAUGGAAGAAGCCACCAACCAAAAGCUGGCCCUGCAGAAGGCCAAGGAAGUGGCCGAAGUGAGCCCCAUGUCCGCGGCCAACAUUUCCAUAGCUGCUUUUGUAAAGCAAACUCGAGGUACUGUAUCUCGCAGCUCGUCAGUCUCCAGCGUAAAUUCACCCAAGCAGCAGAAUUCCUCCAAAUCCAAGUCGGUUUGGGAGCAGAGGACGAGCCAGAUCCGGAUGCACAACUUCCGAGCCAGCUGCGAGGCCCUGUACAACGAGCUGGACCCCGAGGAGCGGGUGCGCUACGCCACCACCCUGCACAUCCGGCCCGACAUGAAAACCCACCUAGACCGGCCGCUGGUCGUGGAGCCCCGCAGCGAAGGCAGGAACAACAUCACCAAGCUGAGCCCCGUGGAUGUCCAGGAGGUGGUGGAGCACCCCAAAGUCACCUCAGCUGACGGGGCAGAAGCGCCACGGAAGCACCACCGGCAUCGGGAUAAGGAGAAGCUGGGAGAGCAGGAGAAGGGCGACGUGACCAAGGAUGAGGGCGGCGAAACCGGCGUGGGCAACAAGGAGGAGCGGCACAGGCAGCACCGGAGCCGCAGCAAGGAGGUGGAAGGGGGCAGCAAGGAAGGGAAAAGCGACCGGAACAGGGGGCAGGAAGGGGGGAAGAGGCACCACCGGCGGGGCUCGGUGGAGGAUGGCACCGAGAAGGAGCACCGCAGGCACCGCAGCCACCGGCACUCGUCCGACCGGCCGGGCAAGGAGGGCAACGGCACCGCCAACGGCGCCCGUGGCGAGCGGCGCUCCCGGCACCGCGGCGGCUCCAGGUCCGGGAACAGGGAUGGAGAGCCCGGAGCCAAGGGCGACAACGGAGAGGAGCCCCACCGGCGGCACCGGCUCAGGAACAGGGCGCUGUCCACCUACGAGUGCGUGGAGAAGGACAACGGCGAGAAGGAGGGCGAGGCUGGCGAGAAGGAGCACCGCAAUCACCAGCCCAAGGAGAACCAGUGUGAGCUGGAGGCCAGUGGCAGUGGGAGUGUCCCUGGGAGUGUCCCUGUGCACACCCUGCCCAGCACAUACCUGCAGAAGGUGCCUGAGCAGCCGGAGGAUGCCGACAACCAGAAGAACGUGACGAGGAUGAUUCAGCCCCCACUGGACAAAACCACCACUGUGAACAUCCCUGUCACCAUCACGGCCCCUCCAGGGGACACCACUGUCAUUCCAAUGAACAACGUGGAGUUUGAAAGCAAAACAGAGGAGAAGAAAGACGUCGAUGACUUGACGAAAAAUGGGCCUAAACCGAUCCUGCCUUACAGUUCCAUGUUUAUCCUCAGUCCCACAAAUCCGAUCCGGCGCCUGUUCCACUACAUCGUCAACCUGCGCUACUUUGAGAUGGUGAUCCUGAUCGUCAUCGCCCUCAGCAGCAUCGCCCUGGCUGCAGAGGACCCCGUCCAAGCUGAGUCUCCCAGGAAUGACGCUCUGAAAUACCUGGAUUAUAUAUUCACAGGAGUCUUCACCUUUGAGAUGGUGAUCAAGAUGAUCGACUUGGGGCUGCUGCUCCACCCCGGCUCCUACUUCCGUGACCUGUGGAAUAUCCUGGACUUCAUUGUGGUCAGUGGGGCCUUGGUGGCUUUUGCCUUCUCGAGUUUCAUGGGAGGAACCAAAGGCAAGGACAUCAACACCAUCAAGUCCCUGCGAGUCCUGCGGGUGCUCCGGCCUCUGAAGACCAUAAAACGGCUGCCAAAGCUAAAGGCUGUCUUUGACUGCGUGGUGAACUCCCUGAAGAACGUCCUCAACAUCCUCAUCGUGUACAUGCUCUUCAUGUUCAUCUUCGCCGUCAUCGCCGUGCAGCUCUUCAAGGGCCGCUUCUUCUACUGCACAGAUGAGUCCAAGGAGCUGGAGAAGGACUGCAGGGGUCAGUACCUGGAUUAUGAAAAAAAUGAGGUGGAGGCACAGCCCAGGGAAUGGAAAAAAUACGAGUUCCACUACGACAACGUGCUCUGGGCUCUGCUCACGCUCUUCACCGUGUCCACAGGGGAAGGGUGGCCAACUGUGCUGAAGCACUCAGUGGAUGCCACCUACGAGGAACAGGGGCCCAGCCCUGGCUACCGAAUGGAAAUGUCCAUCUUUUACGUGGUGUAUUUUGUUGUCUUCCCUUUUUUCUUUGUCAACAUCUUUGUGGCGUUAAUCAUCAUCACCUUCCAGGAGCAAGGAGAUAAAGUGAUGUCAGAGUGCAGCCUCGAGAAAAACGAGAGGGCCUGCAUAGACUUUGCCAUAAGUGCCAAGCCCCUGACCCGCUACAUGCCUCAGAACAAGCAAUCCUUCCAGUACAAGAUGUGGAAAUUCGUGGUGUCCCCUCCCUUUGAGUAUUUUAUUAUGGUCAUGAUCGCUCUCAACACCAUCGUCCUCAUGAUGAAGUUCUAUGAUGCUCCAGAAGCAUACGAGGAAAUGCUGAAAUGCCUGAACAUUGUGUUUACAUCCAUGUUUUCCAUGGAAUGUGUGCUGAAGAUCAUUGCCUUUGGUGUGCUGAAUUAUUUCCGAGAUGCCUGGAAUGUCUUUGAUUUUGUAACAGUGUUGGGAAGUAUUACUGAUAUUUUAGUAACAGAGAUUGCGGACACGGACAACUUCAUCAACCUCAGCUUCCUGAGGCUCUUCAGGGCAGCCAGGCUCAUCAAGCUCCUCCGCCAGGGCUACACCAUCCGCAUCCUGCUCUGGACAUUCGUGCAGUCCUUCAAGGCCUUGCCUUAUGUGUGUCUCCUCAUUGCAAUGCUCUUCUUCAUCUAUGCCAUUAUUGGCAUGCAGGUAUUUGGGAACAUUGCCUUAGAUGAUGAAACCUCCAUUAAUCGGCACAACAACUUCCGGACCUUCCUCCAAGCCCUGAUGCUCCUGUUCAGGAGUGCCACGGGGGAAGCCUGGCACGAGAUCAUGUUGUCCUGCUUGAGCAACAGAGCCUGUGACCCCCUCUCUGGCCUCACCAAAAAGGAGUGUGGCAGUGAUUUUGCCUAUUUCUACUUCGUGUCCUUCAUCUUCCUCUGCUCCUUCCUGAUGCUGAACCUGUUCGUGGCUGUGAUCAUGGACAAUUUCGAGUACCUGACCAGGGACUCCUCCAUCCUCGGGCCCCACCACCUGGACGAGUUUGUCCGGGUGUGGGCUGAGUACGACCCCGCAGCCUGCGGGCGCAUCAGUUACACAGACAUGUACGAGAUGCUGAGACACAUGUCCCCACCUCUAGGCCUUGGGAAGAAAUGCCCAGCUCGCGUUGCCUAUAAGCGCCUGGUGAGGAUGAACAUGCCCAUCUCGCCCGAGGAUUUAACCGUGCACUUCACCUCCACGCUGAUGGCCCUGAUCCGCACUGCCCUGGAGAUCAAACUGGCCUCAGGUGGGGUGAAGCAGCACCAGUGCGAUGCUGAGCUGAGGAAGGAGAUCUCGCUGGUUUGGCCCAACCUGUCCCAGAAAACUCUGGAUUUGCUGGUGCCUCCUCACAAACCGGAUGAAAUGACUGUGGGGAAGGUCUAUGCAGCCCUGAUGAUAUUUGACUUCUACAAGCAGAAUAAGAACAGCAGGGAGCAAGUCCAGCCCGCUGGGGGCCUGUGCCAGCCCGGGCCAGUGUCCCUCUUCCACCCAUUGAAGGCCACCCUGGAGCAGACCCAGCCCGCGGCCUUCAGCAACGCCAAGGCCUUCCUGCGGCAGAAGAGCUCGGCCUCCCUCAACAACGGGGGAGCCUUGCCACCCCCGGAGGGAGGGAUCAAAGAGUCCAGUUCUUGGGGAACCCAGCGCACCCAGGACAUGUUUUAUGAAACCAGGAGCCCAGCUUUUGAGCGAGGCCACUCCGAGGAGAUCCCCAUUGAGAGGGUGGUGGAAAUGAAGGAGAUCAGCCCCACAGUUGCCAACGGAGAGCCCCAGCCAGGCCUGGAGAGCCAGGGCCGGGCGGCCUCCAUGCCACGCCUGGCUGCCGAAACCCAGGCAGCCGAGCGGGGCCCGGCGCCUUCCCUCACCCUGCUCCGUGUCCCUCCCUGUUCCCCGCAGCCCAUCCCGGACACGAGCCCCAUGAAGCGCUCGGUCUCCACGCUGACCCCUCAGCGCCCUCACGCCAUGCACCUCUACGAGUAUUCCCUGGAGCGGAUGCCUCCGGAGCAAGGCCACCACCACCACCACCACCGCUGCCACCGGCGGAAAGAGAAGAAGCAGAAAUCCUUGGAUAGGGCCGCCCAUCACUUGGCUGAUGGACAAGCUAUAGCCCAGUCUGGAGAGUCUUCUUCCAAGGACAAGAAGCAGGAGCGUGGCCGCUCCCAGGAGAGGAAGCAGCACUCCUCCUCCUCGUCCGAAAAGCAGCGCUUCUACUCCUGCGACCGCUACGGCAGCCGGGACCGUGCCCAGCCCAAAUCUGCUGACCAGAGCAGGCCCACUUCCCCCAACGGGGGCCCAGAGCAUGGCCCGCACAGACAGGAAGUCGAGGGGAAGGGACACCACCAUCUCUCUGCCCGUGCAUGCAAACACCGUCCCCACACUGGAAAGCAACAGAGAUGUCCUUCUGUAGGGAAUAAUUCUGUCUUUUCCCCCCUUUUCCUCUCCCAUUUUCCAUCCCCCAACCCCCCAGCCCUGCACUAACACAGCCUUGGGUCACCCCAAUUCUUAGGCAGAACACGAAGAAGAAUCUCAAGUUGUCCAAAUCCUCCACCCACCUCGUAGGGGUCGAUGACAGUGACAGAAAAGCCUGACCACAAUUAUCCAUAACCCCUUCCCGACGUUUUUUUACAGCCUCUCUGCUGUCUCUCCAUCUUUCCAAGAAUCCUCAUAGUGAGUUGCCAAACUUGAAUUGCACCGAUCAGUUUUCUGCAUCCAGAACCAGUCUCAUAGUGGCUGUACUUUGAAUAAGUAAUGUUUGCAUGUAAUAUAUAUACAUAUAUACAUAUCUAUAAAAAGUAUGUGCAUGGAAAAUGUUUAUCUUCGUACUUUUUUGAUACAAUGUAUUCAUCAGUUGUUAAUUUUUAAUUAUAUUUGAUAUAAAUUCGGGGGGUUUGUUGCAAAACUUUAUAUUUAAAAAAACCGUGUGAAAAACGAUCGAAGUUCCAACCAUGCAACACAAAGCGGAACUUUACCCAAAAAAAAGAAAAAAGGGGGGGGAAAAAAAAACCAUUGAGAAAAACAAAAGGUUCUGUGAUUGCCUAGUUUGCUGCCUGAGUAAUAUUUAUCAGCCAAACUUUGAAUUCUGCAGUUGUUUCUACAAUUCCAUUUUGUAUGAAGCAAAGUCCUUGAAUUAAAAUAAAAACUUAGCAAAAAAAACCAAAACCAACCUGAGCAAUUCCCAGACGGUGUGUGCGGUGUGCCUGCUGAGCGGGAGACGCCGGAGGGCCGGCUCCGAGGGCCUGCCCACCUCCAGGAGCGACAGUCCGGGAGAAACUCCAUCCCAAACUGGGAUCUUGCGAGGAAUUGGCUGCGUCUGUGGGGUUGUGGUUUGGUUUUUCCAUAGAGGCUUCACGGAUGCUUGGUUUGAGUAGGGAGCUGUUUGGAAGUUUGUGGUGUGGAUCCAGUAUGGAGAUGGCAGUUCCUGGAGUCCAAAAGGCAGCAAAACUGUAAAGUUGAGGGUUAAAACCUGCCAGCAGUGAUUGAUUCCUUCCAGGUUUUUGCCAGAGGGAUGUUUCUCCUGUAAAACACUGGCACAGGUUGCCCAGAGAAGCUGUGGAUGCCCCAUCCCUGGAAACGUUCAAGGUCAGGUUGGAUGUGGCUCUAAACAAGCUGAAGAUGCCCCUGCUCAUCCCAGAAGGGUUGGACUCGAGGACCUUUAAAGGGUCUAACCCUAAAUCCAACCCAGACUAUUUUAUGUGCUAGGCACGUGGCUCCCUUUGGCUCUAACCCUGAUUCAACCCUGACCCCGCUCCCAGCAGGUGUUCCAGGCUCCCUCAGGCUGAUUUCCCUGGAAAUCAGCAGUGAGGGGUUGGAUUGGUGUCAGGCGUCUGUCACAUGUCCAGGCCCUGCUGUAGCACCUGUAGAAACCAGAAUUAAUCCUAACAAUACUCGUGGAAUUAAUUGGAAGUUGGUACUUCCAAGACUUGCACUGAGCAGAAAAACUCAAGGGCUGUCGGGACAGAAGGAAAGCACUUCUCAUUUCUUUGGAUAACUGGAGAAUCCCCCCCAUUCCUUUCCAGGGGCAGAAAUCCACCGUGUUCCUCCUUCAUCAGGGUCUGCUGGUGCCACACAACACCAAAGACUCUCCAGAAAUUCUUGGAGGCUGCAGAGCACUUUCCAGGGCACAAGGCCUUGACUCUUCUCAUCUCUUGUUGCAUCUUUUCUGUGAUGAGACCACCCAAGAUCCCACCCGGGAUUUGGUGUGGAAUGAAAGGAAAAGGUCCUCAACUCCCUGAUCUCCAGGUCAGGCUGGAGCUUGGGAAGGAGAUGCUUUGCUUGAGGUCCCACAGUGCAUGAUCAGCAAGGUUUGGGGCAGGAGAGCUUUCCUUGGCUUGCAGUGGGGUCUGUGCGGGGUUUGGGGCUCUUGGGGCUGGAUGACACGGAAGAGAAGGAUUUAUUUAAAGUUCUUGAGAUAUCCCAAACAUGAAAUGAAGAUUUCUGAGCAGUGUAAAAGGGUUUGAAAAACAGUGCAGGGUUUGGGAAUCAGUGUGGGUCUGUGUCCACCCCGACCUCUGAGAGGACCCCGCAGGAUUCGCUCCACCACAACCACCUGGGGAGCUGGAAUCUGCCUGGGGGAGCAGCUGAGCAACCUCUCCCCUUCACACCUGGAUCACAGAGACCUCCAAACCCACUUUACAACCCCAUAUGUGUUUUAAAAUCCUAAAAGCCUUUCGGUGACUUUCUGCCCUUCUAAAGUAUUUCUUUUCCCCCCUUUCUUUCUCCUUAUUCCAUUUGUAUUCUUUGGGUCCAAGGCAGCAACGAACCCAUCAGCUUCUCCAGGGCUGAGGGAGCUGGAGCAGGCAGGAUCCUUGGUCCCACAUCCGAGACGCUGGAGCUGGAACCUUUGGGUUUGAGUUCAGCUGAAUCCCAAAAACGGCUUUAUUUCUGUUCCUCAUCCCACUCCUGGUGGAACUUUUUGCUGCCAGGGGUUUGCACAAGUUCUCCCCUCAGGGGCACAUCUUGCUAGCAGAGACCGCAGGAUUUCCGUUCCCUUUAUUCCCUGUGGAUGAAACCUGGAUCAGCUUUUCCAAGGGCAGCACCCCACGCUCGGUCGUGCCGUUAGGGGGAAGCAUUUUCAGGCUUUUUCUACUUUCUAGGGAAACAGAAUAAAAGGGAAAAAAAGAAAAAAAGGCUGAUUCAAAAGGCUGGAGAGUCAUUCCCUGCAAUGUUCGUCUGAGGAUGCAGAAAACUCAGGGUGAGAGGCUGAGCACAGCUGAGUUCAAGGUGCUCAGGUAAUUCAGCUUUUUUUAUUCCCUGGAGCACGAAAAGCUGGGAGCAUCCGGCCGAUUCCUCAUUCCAGCCACGUUUCAGGCAGCACCCACAGACUCCCACACCCCUCCAAGGUGACGGAUUACUCAUCCCAGUGCAUUUCAUCCCUCUUUAUCCAUCCUAAGCAGAUCUCCUGAUAUUUCCCAGGCUGUGAAAACACCAUUUUCAGAAAGUGCCUGAUCGUGAUAACAAAACCUCAGCUCAAUGCUGUCACUCAGCACAUUCCAAAAUAUUUUGCAGAAGAGGCAAAUUUUGCAUCUUUAUGUGAUUUAAAAAAACCUAAAUUGAGGCCCUUGGAUGGGACUAAAUUUUCCAGGGUCACCCAGCAAGGGAGGACAAGGUUAAGGUUACUCUGCUUAUUCCUUCAUGUUUGAAGUCACUGGCGUGUGCAGGAGUUUUUUUUAACAUCCACAGGUUUUUAGUAGGAUCCCAGUGAGGGGUCACUGGGAAUUUGGCAUCUCCGUAGGAGGGAAUUUAAAGGGAAGAGCAGUAAGAGAAGUGCUGGAAGGUUGGGCACUGAGGGAUGGCAGCAGUUGAUGCACUGGGGGCUCUGAUAAAGCUGCGCAGAUAUUUUGGCUGGUGAAGUCUUGGGGUGGGUGAGAAGGGAGAUGUGAGGAAACCAACCGUGAGAGAAGGGAUGGAAACUCCAGGCUGGAGCCCCAAGGAGGAAGGCUGGGCCAAGCUGGUGGAGCAGAGCUGUUAAUUGAAAGCAAACAGUAUCAAUAACCAGAGUUUAUUCAUUUCAGCCUCACCUCCACUUUCUGUCAUUGCUCUGAAACAGAACAGCCCAGCCCUGGCUUUGUCUGUGUCUGGUUUUAUUAUGUCUCUGCUGCUGGCAGUGGUUUUUCUGCCCAGCGCGGCACAAACAGAGGAGGAGGAGGCGUGGUCCUUGUCCAGCUACUCCUGCACAAAAGUCUGACACACCCAUGGGGGUGUAAACCCGAAUUUUCUCACCGAGGGCUGAGGAGGGGCGUGGAUGUGGUUGUGUCGCUGGAUCCAGCAAAGGAGAGGGUGCUUAAAGAGAGGAUGCUGAGCUGAGAGACAGGACUGGGGCACAGGAAUCCUGGGAAUUUGACAAGGGGGUUUUCCUCCUUGUGGAUUGGAGGGUGUUUGACACACCUGGUUCUGAGGGUGAUCCACCUAAACCAGACCCGGUGGGAUGGGCAAGGAGCAGAGGGCAGGGUCCCACGGGUCCCACAGCAGGAAUGGGCUGCAGGACAUGCCAAGGGAUGGGACAUGUGCUGAUGGUCACAUCCAUGGAAUCAGUGGGAUUCCAAAAGGAAAGGCAAACCCGUGUCACGUGUUCUUGACAAAUAAAUCCUCUACAUGGCAAAGCAAA